ACACAAAAAUCUCCAUAAAUAGAACUGAGCCUAGGCGUGUGUUCUCCACACUUACUCGAUUCUCUAUAUAUAUCUCAACAAAACAAAACAAACAAAGAAACAAUGGAUCAAUCAGGUAGUAACACGAACAUGGACAUAGAGAAGGAAUCAACUACAUUUGAUUACUCCAAACGUUCCCAAUGGCUACGUGCGGCCGUGCUCGGAGCCAACGAUGGUCUAGUCUCCACCGCGUCGUUGAUGAUGGGAGUUGGAGCUGUGAAGCAUGACGUCAAGGCAAUGAUUCUCUCCGGAUUCGCAGGGAUGGUGGCAGGAGCUUGUAGUAUGGCCAUAGGAGAGUUCGUCUCAGUUUACUCUCAGUACGAUAUAGAGGUGGCUCAGAUGGAGAGAGACAGUGUGGAGAUAGAGAAAGAGAAGCUUCCUAGUCCGAUGCAAGCCGCGGCUGCGUCUGCCCUUGCGUUUUCCGCAGGUGCGAUUGUACCGCUUUUGGCUGCUGCUUUUGUGAAAGAGUAUAAGAUGAGGAUCAUUUCGGUUGUGGUGGCGGUUACGGUAGCUCUUAUGGUUUUCGGAUGGUUAGGAGCAGCGCUAGGGAAGGCACCAGCGGUUAGGUCAUCGGCUAGGGUUUUGUUUGGAGGUUGGUUAGCUAUGGCGGUUACGUUUGGCUUGACUAAGCUUAUUGGGUUAUAUGGAUUGUGAAGACAUCUUUUUAUAAGAUUGUAAGAUAAGUGUUGCCGAAUUCUGUAGUGGAUUUCGGUUGGAAAUACAUUAAACUUAACAGUAUGUUUACGGUACGUGAAUAAACUCUUUUACUUCAAAUGAUCUUCAUGCAAACAAAGAUUACUAAAAUUAAGCGAUUAUGUUUUAGUUUUAAAGAUGUAAUUAAAAUUUGGUGAUGUGGUUUGAGAGAUCUGUUUUACGGUGGAUUUUGGUGUUGUAAAGAUCUGUUUUUUUUCGGGGUACUUUGAUAUGAAGUUUCUGUAGUAAUAUAAUGUUCAACGUUUAUGUUAAUAGAACUUUGAAUGAAAAACUAUUUUUUCCU